AGCGCCGCUCUCUUUUAUAAUCCAUCGCGGGCUACAGAAAUUAAACCCAAAGCCCCCGAGCCCUCAGCUGACGGAAGCCGGGAGUCACCUGCCGGCCUGCGCUCUGCAUGAGCCAUGAGCCAAAGUCACCUUCACUAGGAAUGCUCUCCACUGCGACCCGGACCACGGCCACCGUCAGCCCCCUGACCCCUUCUCCUCUCAAUGGCUCCCUUGUGCCCAAUGGCAGCCCAGCGGCCAACAGCUCCUUGUCAGUCCAGUCAGCGCCUUCCUCCAGCUUCGCUGCCGCCCUGCGCAAACUGGCCAAACAGGCAGAGGAACCCAGAGGGUCUUCGAUAAGCAGCGAGUCUUCCCCCGUCUCCUCGCCAGCCACCAACCACAGCUCCCCUGCCAGCACACCCAAGCGAGGACCCAUGGGCCCCAUCAUCGUCCCCCCUGGGGGGCACAGCGUGCCUAGCACACCCCCCGUGGUGACCAUCGCCCCGACGAAAACGGUGAACGGGGUCUGGAGAAGUGAAGGCAGACAGCAAGAAGCAGGAUCGAGAGGCAGCAGCAGCCGGGAGCGCCUGAUCGCCGAGCCUCCGCUCCCACAGGAGAAAGCCGGGGGCCCCGCUGUCCCUUCUCACCUCCUCGGGACGCCUUACUCCUUCGGGAUCCCCCCCACCUCCGUCGUCCAGGAUUCCCGCUUCCAGCCUUUAAACCUGCAGCGGCCUGUACACCAUGUGGUGCCUCCCAGCGCGGUCACUGAAGAUUACCUGCGGAGCUUCCGGCCCUACCACACCGCUGAGGAACUCCGUAUGUCCUCCCUGCCGCCCAUCAGCCUGGAUCCGGCCACCGCCGCCGCUUACUACCACCCCGGCUACCUGGCCCACCACCCCUUCCCUCACCCAGCCUUCAGGAUGGAUGACUCCUACUGCCUUUCGGCCCUGCGGUCCCCCUUCUACCCGAUCCCAACCCCUGGUUCGCUCCCACCUCUUCAUCCUUCAGCCAUGCACCUCCAUCUGUCGGGAGUGAGGUACCCCACCGAGCUGCCCCACUCGUCGCUCUCUGCCCUUCAGUCCGAGCGGAUGUCCAGUCUGACCGCGGAGAGGCUGCAGAUGGACGAGGAGCUGAGGCAGCGCGAGAGGGAACGCGAGAGGGAGCGCGAGAAGGAGCGGGAGCGGGAAGCCGACCGGGAGCGGGAGAAGGAGCGCGAGCGGGAGAGAGAGCGGGAGAAGGAGCUGGAGCGGGAGCGGGAGAAGGAGAGGGAGCGGGAGAGAGAGCUGGAGAGACAACGAGAAAGGGCCCGGGAGAAGGAGAUGAACCUGGCCAAAGCCAUGGAGACCCCAUUUCUGCCAGUGGCAGAGCUGCACGGGCUGAGGAGCCACCCGGCGGAGGAGCGUGUGAAACCAGCCGAGCAGCUGACGCCAAACAGACCAGAGAAACCCAAGGACACGACCAUCCCAACUCCUAAGCCCGUCCAGCACCCCUUGCACCAGCCGCCCGCCUCCCACCAUCCCGUGCCCAGCCUCAUUUCCAGCCACAGCGUCUUCCCCCUCCCCGGGAGCAGCGCGGCCACAGCUCUUCUCAUCCAGCGCACCAACGAGGAGGAGAAGUGGCUGGCGCGCCAGCGUCGGCUGCGGCAGGAGAAGGAGGACCGCCAGUCCCAGGUGUCGGAGUUCCGGCAGCAAGUGCUGGAGCAGCACCUGGAGAUCGGGCGGCCGCCGAACCAGCCGGAAGCUGAGCACCGGCCAGAGAACCCCAGAUCAGGACCAAACCGCCAUGAGCCAAGUGGCCGAGACCAACCACAGCACUUUGGAGGGCCCCCUCCGCUCAUCUCUCCCAAACCUCAGCAUCAUCCAGUGCCCACCUCGCUCUGGAACCCUGUGUCCUUGCUGGAGAACAAUAUGGAGCCACGCAGGAUCCAGGAGAAUCACUCUCUCCAUGCCCACCCUGCCCAGUACGAGCCCAGCCGACAAGCCAUCCCCUUGGUGAAGGUGGAACGAGGAUACUGCCCCGAGAAGCUGGACGAAGGGGCCAGAAAGAGAGAGACACUGGACAAAUACCAGCCUGCCAGGGAGCCUGGGGCGUCGGAACAUGGUGGGUUCUCCCAUGGGCCCUUCCUGGCAGAACUGGAAAAGUCCACACAGACCAUCCUUAACCAGCAGAGGGCAUCGCUUUCCCAGCCGGGGCAGUUUGCUGAGGUCAGCCUGCCCAGCAAGCCUAGCUCACCUUACCGGCACCCGCUGCCUAGGGCCCACGACCCCAUGUACGUUUACGACGAGUUCCUGCAGCAACACCGUAAACUAGUCAGCAAACUGGACCUGGAGGAGCGGAGGCGGAGAGAAGCCAGGGAGAAAGGCUAUUACUAUGACCUGGAUGACUCCUACGACGAGAGUGAUGAGGAGGAAGUGAGAGCCCAUCUCCGGUGCGUUGCCGAGCAGCCCCCGCUGAAACUGGAUACUUCCUCGGAGAAAUUGGAGUUCCUGCAGCUUUUUGGCCUGACCACCCAGCAGCAGAAGGAGGAGCUGCUGACUCAGAAGAGGAGGAAGAGGCGGAGGAUGCUGAGGGAGAGGAGUCCAUCCCCUCCCACAGUCCAGAACAAACGUCGGACGCCCUCACCGCGGCUCCCACUCUCCACGCGCUACAGCCCCGACGAAAUGAACAACAGCCCCAACUUCGAGGAGAAGAAGAGGUUCCUGACCAUCUUCAACCUGACUCACAUCAGCGCAGAGAAAAGGAAAGAUAAAGAGAAACUGGUGGAAAUGCUCCAUGCCAUGAAGCAGAAAAGUGUGACGGCAGCAGUGGUGGUGAAAAGCUCCCCGCGGGACAGUCCCAGUCUCACCCCAGCUGAGCUCCAGGUGCAGCAAUUUCCUGUGGAUUCAGAUAAACCUGUUGGUAUCACCGCCUCCUUGCCAGACACUCAAAAGACAUCAGAGCCCAGCCGAUUAGAACAGCUGAGACCGCACGAGCUCCAGAGGGCCAAGGAACCAGCUCCGGUCUCUGCUGAGAAGCCCAGGCUGAACGAUGGGCACACCGGGAAGAAGAGCCUGAGCAUAUUCAAUUAUGUCAGGGGCCCUUUGCCUAAGGACAUCCCGGUGCCACUCUCUCACAGCAUGAAUGGGAAGAAUAAGCCAUGGGAGCCCUUCAUAGCUGAGGAAUUUGCACAUCAGUUUCACGAGUCUGUGCUGCAGUCCACACAGAAAGCAUUGCAGAAGCACAAAGGAAGUGCAGCAGCACUUACUGCAGAGCAGAACCACAAAAUUGACACCUCUAUCCAUUACAACAUUCCUGAGCUUCAGACCUCAAGCAGGGUCCAGCUGCCUCAACAGAAUGGGCAGCAAGACACCCCACUGGCACGAAAGGGGCUCAUCCCACCCGAACAGGACAAGGACUCUGACUCAGAGGGGGAGGAGGAGGAGGAGGAGGAGGAAGACGAGGAGUACCCUAGACCUAAAUGGCAGGGGAUUGAGGCAAUCUUCGAAGCUUAUCAGGAACAUAUAGAAGAACAAAACCUGGAACGCCAAGUGUUGCAGACACAGUGCCGACGGCUGGAGGCCCAGCAUUACAGUCUCAGUCUGACUGCAGAGCAGCUGUCACACAGCAUGGCGGAACUAAGGAACCAGAAGCAGAAGAUUGUCUCGGAAAGGGAGCGACUUCAGGCCGAACUAGAUCACUUGAGAAAGUGCCUUGCGUUGCCUGCAAUGCAGUGGUCUAGGGGUUAUUUCAAGGGAUAUCCCAGGUGACGCUCCCUUGCACUAGGCUGAACAUAUAGUAUAGAAAUAAUAAUCUAUUUUAUUACCUUGAAUAUUUAAUAUUUUUCACUGGGAGGUUUGAAGCUAAAAUAUAAAUGGAGAAUGUGCCAUGCAUGGA